AUGCCCCGCGCGUUCCUGGUGAAGAAGCCGUGCGUGUCCACGUGCAAGCGGAACUGGAGCGAGCUCCCCGACGAGGAGCGCGGCGAGAUCUACGUGCCAGUGAGCCUGGGCUUCUGCCCCCCGCAGCCCUACUGCGAGCCGGAGCCGUCGGUCGCUGAGCCCCCUUCCUGCCCGCUGGCGCUGGACAUGAGCCUCCGCGACCCCGGCUACAGCGUGGUCCCUGGGCCCUGCGUGGUGGCCCAGCUGCCCUCGGAUGACACCGGCCGCCUGGCGGAGCCUCAGAGCAGGGAGCACGGCUUCCUGCGCACCAAGAUGAAGGUGACCCUGGGGGACAGCCCGAGCGGGGGCGUCUUCACCUGCCACGUGUGCCAGAAGGCCUUCACCUACCAGCGUAUGCUCAACCGCCACAUGAAGUGCCACAACGACGUCAAGCGGCACCUGUGCACCUACUGCGGGAAGGGCUUCAACGACACCUUCGACCUCAAGAGGCACGUGCGCACCCACACAGGCGUGCGGCCCUACAAGUGCAGCCUGUGCGACAAGGCCUUCACGCAGCGCUGCUCGCUCGAGUCGCACCUCAAGAAGAUCCACGGCGUGCAGCAGAAGUACGCGUACAAGGAGCGGCGCGCCAAGCUGUACGUGUGCGAGGAGUGCGGCUGCACCUCGGAGAGCCAGGAGGGCCACGUGCUGCACCUCAAGGAGCGCCACCCCGACAGCCCGCUGCUGCGCAAGACCUCCAAGAAGGUGGCGGUGGCGCUGCAGAACACGGUCACCUCCCUGCUGCAGAGCAACCAGCACAUUUGACCCUGGACCCCGCGCGAGGCGCCGGGGGGGCUCUGCCCCGCUGUCCCCUGCCCCGGGCGGGCCGCAGAGCUGAGCGCGAACUGCCGAGGUGGCCGCCGCCGUGGGGAGUGGGCGACGCCCACAGCGGCUCCAGCGGGCGCCGGGCUGCAGGGGGGCCCUGCCCUCGCGGGACCUUCCCCCCACGUCACCUCUUUUUCGAGAGAGCCCCUCCGAGGCGCCAGGAGGCCUCCCUUCCUUCUGUCCGAGACGACACAUGUACAGAUAUGAUUAAUAUAUUUUUUGCCACCAGCGGCAACUGUUUUGAAGAGGAUGGAGCUGGCUUUUCUCCUCCCCGUGUGCUUUCACCCUGCUCCCGCCCG